CGUGCGUUAGAAAAAAAAAAGGGGGGGGUAUGACAGCGUUUUAUCCAUCCCCGUCACCAGGAUACUCCUCCCCUCCCCUUUGACUCCGACAGUAGAGGUCUCUGAAAGUUUGGGAGAAAACGAGAGAGAGAGAGAGAGUAGCAGGGGUCAAUUAGGGUUUAAUCGAAACGAUAAAUCUGAGGUUCGUGCAGUCCUGAGAGAUUCAACGGUUUGCUUCUUGUAGCUGAGUUUGUAUUAAAUAGCUCUUUCGUCUAUCUUGAAUCAGAAAUGUCUCAAAUCAAUCUACCGUUUGAAGUCGGUCACACCAUCGAAGCAAGAUCUUUCGAAUUGGGGUUUCGUGGAGCAUGGUUUCGUUGCAAGAUUACAAAGAUAUUCAACAAAGGGAGAUCAUUAUUCUAUGAUGUGGAGUAUCUUGAUUUCACAGAAGAAGGAAUACACACAACAAAAGUAUUCCAAAAACGCCAAGGCGAGAACGAUAAUAUCCUAAUGGUUCGACCCAUACGUCCACGUCAGUCUCAUGAAAAUGAGGAAGGUUGUGGUCGAGAAGAAGAAGAAGAAGAAGAAGUUGUUGUUGUUCACGGUCUUUGGAAGGUGGGAGACUUGGUGGACUGGUGGAAAGACGAUUGCUAUUGGUCUGGGACGGUUCUAGAAGUGAGAGAAGAAGAUGAAACGGUUAAGAUUGAAUUGGUGCCUGAACCGUAUGGGGAAGGAAAAGGCUACGAUGCUAUGUUUAAGGAUUUGGUUCCUUCAUUGGAAUGGUCACUUGAAGAUGGUUGGAUUGUGCCUUUCUCUAAGGAUGGGGAAAAGAGGCAGUGUGCUAAGCUAAUGAAACUUCCAAAUGAAGACCAAGUGAAAGGAGCUGACGAAGAAACUAGAGAAGAAGAAAAGCUGAGACCCGCAAAGAAGUUAGUAGGAGAUGAAGAUCUUGCGUUGAAUAUCAUGGAAUCAGAGUCUAUAGAAGCUGCUGUGAUGGACUUGGAGGAGCAAAUUGUUCGAAUAGAAUGGAUAAAAGGAAUGUUAUUGCUAAAUUCAGAUAAUUCAACCUGGAUAUAUGAGGAUUAUCCUCCUCCAUCUUCCUAAAAAUAUGUGACAGGCUUUGAAUUAGUUCUCUUCUGUAUCACAAUUUGUUACAGUCCUUAGGUGGAGGAGUAGAGUAGAAGAUGUAAAUGAGGGUAAGACCUAAGGUGGAUCAUAUUUGACACGUUUUGAGAAAAUUGAAAACGGAACAUGACUGUUUCUUAGACGUCUUUCUUUUAGGUAUUUUGGUUUCCUUUGUUGAUAUACUUUGCAACAAUUUCCUCUGUAUUUAACCUCGAACCUACUUUUGGUAGUCUGGGAAUUGAUCUAACGAGAAAGUUAAGGAUUAGUAAUUUCAUUCUCUAA